AUGGAUCUCACUCAGCUCGAUCAUGUUCUCGAACGUUUGGCAUCGCGCUACAAGGUGAACACCCAGGAGGUGUUGGACAAAUGGUUGGAGUCGCGACAGGUCCGUGAUCCUGAGGGAUGGAGGCUCCUUGAUGGAAUACCUUGCAUCAUUGGUGGGUUGACAGCGCUUCUCGGGACCCUAGAAGGACGAGGGGGAAACUUCCCAUGGAAGACACUACCUACCGUUCUAGCCCAUCGUGGGUGUAUCCUCGAAAACUACCCUGACAAAAUCCUUCUGCCCGGCGAGAGACGUUUGACACUGGCAAAGAGCAAGGGCAUACACGACCUCACAAUGUAUGAGCGCUUCAAACUUGCGGAUGCCCUCAAGAAAAACGCCCUCACUGUCAAAUCUGUUGCGACAGACGCUCGCAAAGGUCUUACGGCCUCAUGUGUCCCUGUCAUCGUUGGAGAAGCGCCCAUUAAUUCACUUCACACUCGCGGGCGACGAAUGUUUGCCAAUGGACGCAUAGAUAGGCUUGGCCUGACCCGUCUGCGCAACACCUCUCAUUCAACUUCUGGCCCCACGUCAUCUAAUUCGCGCAGACUCCGUAUGUUCGUAGAGGUACCACUGGCGCCGCCCUCCUGGAGGUUGAAGGCGAUUCAGCAACAUUCGCCAGUUGCUGGACCCAGUCAUAGCAACCUCAUCCCACAGAUCGCCGCUAUCAACAAUGAAGACACAGGAGUCAGCAAUCCCGCUACCGAGGACGAAGGAGAAAUUGAUCAGCUUGUCAGUUCGCAGCCUGUAGGAGAGAACUUGAUCUGUGAGCUGCUCGUGCCUCUCUCUCAUGUUCACGCAAUUAAUAUGACCCGCAAGAGCCUCUCUUUGACCCUCGUGAACCUCUGUUUCAUUCUUGCGAGCCUCCCGUCAUGCAUAUACUAA